AUGGCUUCACACAGAGCAACAAAAAGUGGGAUAGCCCUUGAGGCGCAGCAGAAGAUGGCAGGCAAAUGGGAUGCUGAUCGUGCCAAAACCGCAAUUUCAUGGGUGGGACAGCGAAUUGGGCGACCACUAACUACAGAUGGAACAAUGAAGGAUGUUCAUUUGAUUCUGAAAGAUGGUACUGUUUUAGCCAGUUUGGCCAACUGGGUUAGACCCGGGUACAUCCCAGCAAGCAAACUUAGCAAGGCCCCAACAUUACCAUUCAAACAGAUGGAAUUGAUUGGACUGUUCCUGUCAUGUCUGGACGAAGCCAAUGGUGGUCCAGUGAAGAAGACAGAGUUGUUUCAGACUGUUGACUUGUAUGAGGAAGUCAAUAUGGUCCAAGUAAUUCUAACAUUAGAGGCCCUGGGUCGAGUG